AAGGUGGAAUGUACGGAGAUAUUCACAAGCUGUCAGACCGCGAGAAGCUCAUUAUAGACCAGUGCAUCAUGAAGGCAAAUAUGAAGUCUACGAAAGCAGCACGGUAUAAAAAAGAAUGGCUUUACGACUGUUUACUGCUGAAAAUCAAAUCGACAGCAGUUUAUACAUUUCUUCACGAGAAUAAUUUUCUGCCUCUACCACACCCUCGCACACUCUACUCCUACCUAAAAAAUCUGAAGGCCGGCUUUGGAUUUGAUGAAAAUUUAUUUGCCAUCCUCAAAGACAAAGUGGGAAAUAUUCCAGAGAGAGAACGCCGAGGGGUCCUGAUGUUUGACGAGAUGAGCGUGAGAAGGAGCCUUCAUGUAAGGGAAUCGGAUAUGACACUGCUUGGAAAGGUCGACUUAGCAGAGCACACGAAGCCUACUGACCAAGUGAAAGAUGGUGACCAUGUGUUAGUGUUCCUUUUCCGACCAUUCCUCGGUGGCUGGUCGCAGACUGUCGGAGCGUUUUGCACGUCAGGGGCUGCACCAGGCUCCGCUAUUGCUAAACUGCUCCUGCAUUGCAUUGUACUCCUGUCGAAUGCCGGUUUCGUUGUGGAUGCAGUCACUUGCGAUAACUCUACUUCGAACAGAUCAGCAUUGAACUCUUUGGGUGUCAGCGGCGAUAUCGCCAGAGUAUCAACGUCAUUUGAGCAUCCAUGUGACUCCUCCGAAGUCAUUCAGGUCAUAAUUGACCCACCUCACAUCUUCAAGUGCAUCAGGAAUAACCUUCUGAAGGCUGGAAAAUUCCUGUUGCCUGGUGACAAAGAAGUACAGCAUUUCCACUUUGAAGCUAUGCUAGACUACGAGGAGCAGCAAGCUGGACUUCGGGCUGUGCCAAAGCUUAUGAAAGCACACAUCAGGCCCAACGCUUUCCAAAAACUGAGUGUGAAACUUGCUGUCCAGGUUGAUGCCUUGGCUGUUCUUUUUGAUGAUAUACUGCUGGAGCCUGGUGAAUGCAUGCAAGAUAUGAUUCAUCCGGAGUCAACGAGGGACUGCAUUUUGGAUUACCUUGGCGGCUAUGUUGCAAAGAAGUUUGCUAAAAUAAGCUGCAAGGACUGCCUCCAAACACUUAGAAGCAACUCCCGAGAGCCAACUGCAUUGACUGCAAUUAGGACGAGAGGAUUUUUGCAAGUGCCAUCGGAGCAACCAUUGCGCCUCUUGCAAAUUGUGGAGGAACAUGUUGAAAUGCGCCCCAUAGGCAAUAUAGCCUGUGCCAAUGUCUACAUGAACGUUGUUGAAAACAUCUUGCUGGACGACCACACUUCCUCGGCCAGUGUUGGCUGUGGAACACAUUUUCCACCGCGGCUCUACUUCAGGCCUGAAAUAAGUGGCGAGAUCAGCACGGCUCCGUCAGUCACCUUCGACGUCGUCUCACGUCUCUCUACUCUCGCUCGCUACAGUAGUGACCCGGAGAACGCGCCCUUCGAGGAGCCAUCGGCUGCCAUGUUCCCGCGACCCUGCCCGCCAGUGCCGCUGCCCCGAUUGACCUACCCCAAGGUCAUCGGGGUGGUGCCACCCUCUUGA